AUGACCUCGCACAACGCCGGACACGAGCCCUCUCCAUAUGAAGCCUAUCCAACCCCUCGCUUGGACACGCAGAGAAUCUCACCUGAGAAGCUCGCAGAGCUUGUCAAGACCAAAGUGGCGGGACGUGACUACCUCGUCGUCGAUGUCAGAAGGACAGAUUUUGAGAAUGUAUUCAUCAAAGGUGCUCUGAACUUGCCUGUCGACUCUUUCUAUCCAACGAAAGAGACGGUGACCAAGAUACUCUCGCCGAUCCCCACAGUUGUAUUCCACUGUAAGAGUUGUACCGAGACGGGAAGAGGACCAAGGGCGGCUGGAUGGUAUCGCGAAGAGCUAGCAAAGCAGGGAAUAGAUGAAACUCAGUCUUGUGCACUUGUCCUCGAUGGUGGCAUUACAGCGUUUGCUGAGCGCUACGGCGACGACGAAAGUCUUGUAGCCAAACCAUAG